UGCCGCGGACUUGAGGAACAACUCCUUUUUGUGUACGGGCUCUAUCGGCUGUGGACUGAGGGAGAAAUUGUGCUUUAAAGCGUAGUCAAAGUCCAAAGAUGAUUAGCGGUCCGAAGAGUUCAUUCCCCGUGCGCCAGCUCCGAACAAGUCCCCUCGCUGCUGGGAGACAGCUGAAAUAUGAGAGCACUUCUUCGUAAACUCGAUCCACCGGGUUGUCAAGAUCACGGUCUUACAGAAUCCCGGUCAUUUCAGGAAGUUUUCUCUCUUUGCUUGUUUGUUUUUCCCCUUCACACACGCGGAAGAAUAAAUCCCACUUCGGAUUGGCUUCUUCCUCUGCGUCUUCAAACAAUCGGCGCCGGUGAAUUAAGUUGAUGUUUGCGUUUCCCUGCUUGCUCGCUGAGCAGAGUUUCGUCCUCCCCCGACGGGAUUGUGUUUCACUGAAGGGCAGCAGCAGCGACACGGAGCGGCUUCCACCUGCUCGCUCUCCUGCCUGAGCCACCCACACUUUUUUAAACCUGUGGUGGGGUUUAACUCUGAGUCUUAGCACAAACGGCGGUCUGGAACCACCAAAUAAUCCCACAAUUAGCUAAUUAGCAAAACACGCAUUUAUAAAACGACAAACAACGACGGUAGGUUUUCUACAUUCAGCUGUACUUACAUGUUAAGUGGUUACGACGGCUACGAAGUUGAUGGGAAUUUAGCAAAAAUAACGGUUAUGGCAAAUUUAUGCGAUUAGCCGCGCCACUCGUUGGCAUUUUAAACUCAAAUUUAUGUCGCUAUAACUUGGGCUUCCAAGUCGACUGUUGGUAUCAAAUAAGAGAGUUUAAACGAUGUGAUUAUUGACCGUCGGUCCUGCUACUAACUGGCAGGUAACGGCCAUCAAUCACUUUCAGGUGCGCGCGCUCCCGGAACCUUUGAAACAUCUUCAUUUGUUCCGGGGGGAAGCAUUUGAGCGAUGUACCGCAAGGGAAAUUUGUUCAGACAAGUCGUUUCAUGAAUGUGGAGCUAAAGCUAACAUUCGCCUCGUUUGAAGUAUGACCGAGACUACGGAAAACCUGCAGGAGUACGAGGAGCUGUUUGCCCACAGAUUUUCCUCGGAGGACCAUGAAUACCAGCAGUAUCUGAGCCGACCACCUGACCCCCCACCUGUUGUUGAGGACUGGAGGAGUCGUGGAGGAGGAAACUUCAGAGGCAGAGAUAACAGGUACCAGGACCGCCGUGGAGGUCGUGGGUGGGGUGGAGACCGAGGUUGGGGUAGAGACCGAGGUUGGGGUGGAAACCGAGGUUGGGGAGGAGACCGAGGUUGGGGCAGAGACCAGGGUUGGAGAGGGGACCAACGUGGGCAGCAACACUGGCAUGACAGAGACCGAGACCGAGACAGUGACAGAGACAGGCACUCGGGGCAUGGAAGUAGGUAUCAGUCAGGCCCUCCAAGCUCCAACCAGGAAUACAACUCCCAUCAUCAGAGACCACGUUAUGACCGCUAAUGAGCUCUAAUCUCUCAGGUGUUGUCAGUAUUCAUGUAUUUGCAGUCUUACAGCUUGCAUUGCAAUACCAUAUGUGGCAAUGUGCAACCGUUGAUGUUUUUUUUUUCUUCAUAAGCAAGGGCUGAGCAAUAGAUCAACUGAUAAUUUACUGUCCAUUAUUGUAACUUGUGGAACUUUUUCAGCACUGUGAUUGACAAUUUUAUUGUCUGAAUUAAAAAUACAAAGCAGGUACUCAGAAUUAUUUGGGUAAUAUGACAGUGGAAAACCUAAGCACUGUAUAUAUAUAUUUCAUAUUGCUCAGCCCUUUAAUCAUUGAACUUUUUUUUUUUUCAUUAAAAUUUUGGGAAUGAUAAUGACAUACUUGUAAUUUUCAACAUUGAAAAUGACACUGAAAUGACACAUGUGGGCUGUGGGAAAUAUCACUCAGGAGUCGUUUUAUGCUCAGAUAGUUUUGCCGCUACAUUUUUAACAUGCUUUGAUAUCAGGGUGUUCUGAAUUAUACAGUACAGUAUUGUUGCAAACAGUGAAUCUGAAUUUCCAGAGAAAAUCUAUUUCUAAUGCAGUUUUAUUUUUCUGUGUCACGAUAGUAUAUAUGGAUACUUUUGAACUGAGCUGUUGUCAAUAAACAUGUAUUUUCUUAAUUACUUAGUUUCUGUUU